ACCGUUGAAAUUAUCCAAUCUUCGCCCAUAUUUUCUCAAACAACGCCAACAUUAAAUAUAUCAAGAACAUAAGAAAUAAAAACUUUAUUUUUCGGGAUAAUUAAUUUAAUAUUACGUCCGCACGUGAGCAGUGCAACAUGAAGCCUACGAUAAUACUACUUUUCAUUAUUAGUUUUGUGGUAAUUCAUUCUGCAAAUGCAGGAUUUCGACCUCGGAGCAGUUACUCAUACAAAGAGAGUCCUUCAAAAACAGCAUCAAAGUCAAGUUCCAUGAUGUUAAAUGAUGGCCGAAACGAGAGAGCAUCAAAUGCAGCUCAGACGGAGACUAUAGGAAAAAAAGCUUCUAGAGGAGUUGGUAUUUCAGCUUGGGGAAUAAUUGGGAUAAUAUUAGCUGCAAUAUUAAUAGCUACCACUGGAUAUUAUGCAUUUGUAUUUUAUCCAUUUUUAUGUAAAAAAGAACGAAAUUAUGAUAUGAUUGAAUUAACGAACGUAUAAUUGUAAAGAAGACUUUUUUACAUUUUUUAUAAGAAACUUUUUAUUGAUAUUAUUUUAUGAAAUUAGCCCGCAUAGUGAUCUUUCGUAACCGCGAUUAAGCAAUUUUACAGACUGACUGCUAAUAGAAAGAAAUUUUCUAAAAAUGAUAAUCUUUGUAUCAAAGAAACAAUUUUGAAUUUUAUUAAUUAGUUUUAGAUGAUAUUAAAUAUCUAUUGAGAAUGUGAUUUUUGCUACCA